UGUGUGUCUGUGUGUGUGUGUGUGUGUGUGUGUGUGUGUGUGUGUGUGUGUGUGUGUGUGUGUGUGUGUGUGUGUGUGUGUGUGCCUGUGAGUGCUCCAUUCGCUGCUCCUCUCAGAGCGGCGCGCGUAAAACACGGCGAUAGGAAGCACGAGACGAGAGCGGAGAGGAGAGGACGGAGACCGAGAGGGGAGAAAAAAGAAUCGAGCAUAAAAUAUUCUGUCGAAUAGCUUUCUUGCGUGGAUGGUUCCGUCGGCGAUGUCUAACCUGGCGUACCUGAGCAGUUUUUUCGGUCCAACUUUUUAAGAUCUGAACGCCAAUGGUUGUACCGCCCGUAGGAUGGGAGUAAUCUGGUCCGUCAAACGUGUGACAGUGUUCCUCGUUAUCCACAUCGUGUAUCUGUUGCAGGUGGUACAGGGCUCCACCACGGGACAAUGUGACACCGUGUUCAAGGGGUUUUCUGACUGUCUGCUGGAGCUGGGGGAGAACAUGGCCAACUACCCUCAGGAGCUGGACGAGAGGCAGAACCUGCAGAAGAUCUGCACUUACUGGGACGACUUCCACUCCUGUGCCACCACAGCGCUGGCGGACUGCCAGGAAGGAGCGACAGACCUUUGGGAGAAACUGAAAAAGCAGUCCCGGAAUCUGGAUUUCCGCGAGAGCCUGUUUGAACUGUGCGCGGGCGGCGGCAACGGAGCCCCGAGAUCCGGCGUCCCGCGCGCGCUCACGCUGAUGCUCACGGCGUGUUCCGCCCUCGUGACUUGGCUCGCGUUCUAGCAGAUGGGACGAACCAAGGAAAACACGAAGAAAAAAAAUAUCAUGAAAACCAGAGAAAAUAAAAAAGAGGAAAUCCCCAUAAAAAAGUAAAAAAUAAAAAGACUGCUAGCUAUUCCUUGACACGAGAACACAUUACCACUGUAAGAAAGAGAAAAAUAGAUUCCGACUCGUCGACCGAAAACCAACCCCUCAAAUGGAUUUGUAAAGAAAAAAAUAAAUAAGACUGGUUGCCUGGUUCAUGAUCCACCGAGAGGACUGGUCCCGGGAGCGGUUAUCCAAUCAGAGCCACCCUGCUGACCUCGUCGGCCCUGACCACAAAUUAUUAACAUCUGGUUCAUUUGAAAUAAUAAUGAUGCAAUUUGGACGGAUUUGUGCCCACUUACCCAACCCUGAACCCACGGUAUAAAAGUAACCCAUUAAUAAUGUACCUGUACAGCCUGGACGACACCGAGCACGAUUAAACGGUUUGCUGUGCCCCAGCCACUAGGCCUACUAAGAUAGCCCGAGUACAGACAGGCACAACCAGGCCAAGUGCCGUCAAAGGGCGGCACUGGGGCCAUCUCAAACACAGCGAGGCUGUACUGCGUCCCAGGGCCCGGGCCUCUGACGCCUGGACGGGCCUUCUGGUUUAUCAACUCUUCAUGCGCCAGACGUCCUCCGUGCAGCCUCGUAGGGUUCAUCACUGGAAUGCUAGUUAGUAGUUAACGAAUAUUUGUAUUUUUCAUAGACGUUUUGUUAUUAUAGGCUGUAGGCCUAAUAGGCUUCCCUAUACGGACCUCUGGAGAAAUCACCGCAUUGCAACUCGAUGAAAGCUGUGUGUGGCCAGAUAAACGACAGACAUUGGUGUGUGUAUAGUGACGUAGCUGAAUGUCUUUUUACUAAGACGAUUGCAAUACAACGAAGUGACCAGGUGUGUGCAGCCUGGAGAGAGAUAGCGCGCCCCGUGGCUGAGGAGCGAAUCACGACUGUUGGCACUUAUUAGGCCUAAACCAAUAGCACAGAGACCCCCUCCUCUCCUUUCCGAGAGGAACCAACGACUCUAGAGGGGCUUAGACGCUACUUGUGUGUACGAAUAAAAGAGAGAGAAAAUAAUAGUUAAUUUGUCCCACCGGUACGGUGGCAGGACGCCUCUCCAGAUCAAGGCCCUGGUGUCCGGAGCACAUUGGGUUCCCAAGGCAAACGUUUUUUUCACGGCCUUCUACAAAAACAAAUCAUGUGUAGGCCUAGGUCUACUUCUGUUUGUUUGUUUGUUCCUUAGAGUUAGUUCGUUUGUUUUAUGGGGAUGUUGCAUAACGAAAAGAAAGCAGACGUAUUCCAAAUCAUCCACGCAAACAAGAGAAUAUGUAUAUUAAAGGAUUUUAAGAAGAUAAAAAAAAGAGCUAUAUUAUAGAUACUCUAUCUCUAGUUUUCAACGCAGAUUGAUAAUUUACAGACUAGGCCUAUGGAAAAUAAUCUGAUUGCUAAAUGAUCAAGAAUAUGAAAUAAAGCUGAUGAUGUUUUAAAAUAAGCAUGUGAUUUUACUACAA